CCUGUCUGACCUGUUUUCCUGUCUGUCUGUCUGUCUGUCUGUCUGUCUGUCUGUCUGCCUGCUUGUCUGCCCUCUCUGCCUGACUGUCUGUCUGCUGUGCCUGCCUGCCCUGCCUUCCUGUCUGCCUGCUUGUCUGUCUGUCCUGCUUGUCUGCCUUGUCUGCCCUGACAGAUGUGUAAUCUGUCUGUCUGCCCUGCCUGUCCGCUCCUCUGUCUGCAUUUCUGUCUGCCUGUGUGCCUGCCUGACUGUCUGUCUACCCUGCUUGUCUGCCCUCUCUGCCUUCCUGCCCGUCUGUUUCUCUGCCUACUGACCUGUCUUACUUCCUGUCUGCCCUGCCUGUCUGUCUGUCUACCUACCUGUCUGUCUGUCUGUAAGUGUGACUGUCUGCCCCGGGUAUGCCUGUCUGUCUGUCUGCCCUGUCUGCCUGCCUGUACUAUCUUCCUUCCUGUCUGCCCUCUCUGCCUGCCUGUCUGCCUGUCUGUCUGUCUGUCUGUCUGUCUAUGUCUGCCCUGUCUGCCUGCCUGCCUGUCUGUCUGUCUGCCUGUCCAUCUAUCUGUCUGUCUGUCUGUCUGUCUGUCUGUCUGUCUGUCUGCCUGCCUGCCUGUCUGUCUGUCUGCCUGUCUGCCUGCCUGCCUGUCUGUCUGUCUGUCUGUCUGUCUGUCUGCCUGUCUGUCUGCCUGUCCAUCUAUCUGUCUGCCUGUCUGCCUGUCUGUCUGUCUGUCUGUCUGUCUGUCUGUCUGCCUGUCCGUCUCCCUCUCUAUCUAUCUAUCUGUCUGCCUGUCUGCCUGUCUGUCUGUCUGCCUACCUGCCUGCCUGCCCUGCCUUCCUGUCUGUCUGUCUGCUUGUCUGUCCUGACAGAUGUGUAAUCUGUCUGUCUGCCUUGCCUGUCCGCUCCUCUGUCUGCAUUUCUGUCAUCCUGUCUGCCUCUCUGCCUGACUGUCUGUCUACCCUGCUUGUCUGCCCUCUCUGCCUUCCUGCCCGUCUGUUUCUCUGCCUACUGUACUGUCUUACUUCCUGUCUGCCCUGUCUGUCUGCCUGUCUGUCUGUCU